AUCUGCCUUCCUACCCAAUUCCGCAAAAUUUCCUUCUGGAUCUUCCCGAUUUUCCACUGGCGGAUCCAAAAUUCUACGAGAGCGCACAAAUAGAUGUACUUAUCGGGGCCGACAUCCUGCCUUCGGUGCUUCUGAGUGGAACAAAAACCAACAUCUGUGGCUCUCUCUUGGGGCAAGAGACCAUUUUCGGCUGGGUACUAACUGGGCCAGUGUCAGCCUCAGCCCAAAGCAGAAUUUCCUCUUUUUCGACACAGAUCUCCCACGCGUACGAUAAUUCACUGGACAAACUCCUCACAAAAUUUUGGGAGGUGGAGGAUAUACCAACAAAGUUGGUAAAAGAAUCCGAUUCCAUGUGCGAGAAGAAUUUCCUUCAAACGACCACGAGAGACGAGUGCGGCAAAUAUGUCGUUACUCUGCCUUUUCGCGACCCAGAACAUGUCGGUUCCGGGCUAGGGCAUUCUAGGUCUUUCGCGUUGGCUCAGUUCUUAAGAAAUGAGCAGCGUCUAAAAAGAGAUGAGGCCUUGAAAGCGAGAUACGAUUCGGUGAUCCAGGAAUAUCUCGACUUAAGGCACAUGCGACCAGUUCUUCCUACCCAUGACUGCAACGCCUAUUAUAUGCCACAUCACGCCGUCUUAAAACCGGAAAGCGUAACUACUAAACUCCGUGUAGUAUUCAAUGCCUCCAGCCCAUCAUCGAAUGGUACCAGUUUAAAUGAUAUCCUUCAUGCUGGCCCUGUCUUACAGUCCGACUUGACCAUUCAAAUUCUGAAGUGGCGCUAUUUCCGAUACGUGUUCAGCGCCGAUAUCGAAAAAAUGUAUCGGCAGAUCUGAGUAGAUCCGAAACACACUUCAUUCCAGCGAAUACUUUUCCGUAACAAUAGAGGGGAAAUCAGAGAUUUCGAAUUGAAAACAGUAACCUUUGGAGUCAAUUGCGCGCCUUUCCUGGCCAUCCGAGUACUGCAGCAGCUAGCGGCUAACGUAGAACUCAGCCAUCCAAAAGCUAGCAAUGUCAUUCGAAAUUUCAUGUAUGUGGAUGAUGUUCUAGCCGGAGCGGACUCCACGGAAGAAGCUCAGCUCAUGGUGCAAGAGCUCCGAGACGCUCUGAAUUUCGCUGGAUUUCCAUUGAGGAAAUGGACCUCCAACCAAAAGGAAGUUUUAGCGGCCAUUCAGAGCAACCAUCUUUUAAAUACUGAUUUUCUCGAGAUCGAUGCAGAAAGUACUGCAA